GAGAGGCGGCCCUCUCCCGGCUGCCGCAUCGUGACGCUGCGCUGGGCCGGCAGGGAAGCGGCGAAGGGGAAGGAAGCCCGGCUGGGGCCAGGAGGGCGGCCGCGCCAAGGAUCGAGGGGCCAUGGCAACAGUUCUGGAUGCCGAAUCCUUGGGUGGUGACGAAUGUCUGGAAGAGGAUGAGGAAGAGCUGGAAACCAGCUUGGAAGACCCAGAGAGUGAGCCGGUGGGGAAGUUCAUUCCAGGGGGGCGCAGCUGUUGCAUUCUGACCCGCCGUGGGAUCACUUUGCGAGUGCUGCUCAAGGACGGCCUGAUCGAGCCGGGAGAGGGGGUGCUCUCUAUUUACUACCUGGGGAAGAAAUUCCUGGGUGACCUGCUGACAGAUGGAAAGAUCGUUUGGCAAGAGACGGGCCAAGUUUUCAAUUCACCAAGUGCCUGGGCGACAUAUUGCAAGAAGCUGGUUAACCCAGCCAAGAAAUCUGGGUGCGGCUGGGCUUCGGUCAAGUACAAGGGUCAGAAGUUGGACCAAUACAAAGCCGUCUGGUUAAAGAAGUACCAGCCCAACGCCCCCCCUGCAGAGGAGGGCUUGGUGAGUGAAGGAGAGGAGGAAGAGCUUGCUGACGAUGAAGAAGAGGAAACCAAAGGGGUUAAAUCCUCCCUCUCAGAGUCCAUGCUGGCCAGGAAGCUGGAGGAAAAAAACCGAAAGCAUCAGAGCAAAAGUCUGGCAGAAUCGCUUGGCACGGAUAAUGGCAAGAGGCUGGACAGCAAGAAUUGUAUCCCUGUACGCUAUUGUAGUCUGGGGAGUCGAGAUUCAGCCAGGAAUCCCCAUACCCUGGUAGAAGUGACGUCCUUUACAGCCCUGAACAAAUUCCAGCCGUUCAACGUUGCCAUUUCCAGCAACGUUCUUCUCCUCUUGGAUUUCCACAGCCACUUAACCAAGAGCGAGGUGGUGGGCUACUUGGGUGGACGAUGGGAUAUCAAUAGCCAAUUGCUAACGGUGCUGAGGGCCUUCCCCUGCCGGUCCCGCCUGGGAGAUGCGGAGGCAGCAGCUGCGGUGGAGGAGGAGAUCUGCCAGAACCUCUUUAUGCGUGGGCUCUCCCUGGUGGGGUGGUAUCACAGUCACCCCUUCAGCCACGCUCUGCCGUCUCUCCAGGACAUAGAUACACAAAUGGAUUACCAACUCAAGCUACAAGGAACUAACAACAGUUUCCAACCCUGCCUGGCUCUCAUUUGUGGCCCUUACUACCCUGGCAACCAAGGCAUGGAGUCAAAGAUUUCACCCUUCUGGGUCAUGCCCCCUCCAGAGCAAAGACCGUACGAUUACGGUAUUCCCAUGGAGGUGGAAGUCACUUAUAUCCAAGAUGGCUUUCUAACCAAUGACAUUCUUCAUGAGAUGAUGCUGUUGGUGGAGUUUUACAAAGGAGCACCUGAUCUGGUGAAGUUUCAAGAGAUGUGGGGUCCAGAACAGACUUAUUUGGAUAAGCUAAAGGUAAGGCAGGCCUCCUUAGCUUCCCGCACGCCCAAGGACCAAGGUUUUGGACACGUUCUAGAUCAAGUCUACAGCCUCCUUAAGCAUAGCAGCUGAAGCCAAAGAAAAUGGACUCUAACGAAACUCGGUUUGCACAGCUGAGGUUCAGGCUAGGGCACCUGCCCGUGAACCAUAAACCUGUUGCAGGGGUGCGUGUAUUCUUGUUGGUCUUUUUUUAAAAAAUGAAGAUUUUCUUGACUCUUAAAGGCCACCCAAAAUACCUGGACAGCUGCGCACCGCCCCUGCCAGCGAUUUUUAAAAAAAAGAAAAACAGCUCUUUUGCCUUAACAUUAUGGUUUUAGGCACAUCCCGAUCACCACCCUAACAAGUGCAGCGAUAUUCCCAUUUUGCAGAGGGGUAACUGAGGCAGAGAGCUAAAAGGCUUGGCUGAUGCCACAGCAGGAGCUGCAACAGAGGCAGGACAUGACCCUGUUAAUCUUGCACAGAUUAAGUUGGUUGGCCACAAAGUGGAAAUCUCUCUUGACCACAGCCUAGCUUGGAGCUAUUAAGUGGAAGGCGGAUUUAUGAGAAGUCAACAGUGAUCCUAAUGCGUUGGGGUGGAGACGACGGAACAGAGCUAUGUAUGGCAUAAACUGGCAUCAGGAAGGCUAGCAACUUUCUGAAAUGUUAUUUCUAGAAGUAGAUUUUAAAAGGCUGAAAUAGUACAGGCGUAGUUAGUUAUGGCAAGGAGAAUAAUUCAAGGAAUCACAAAAAUGCUAGUGUGGGGAGAAGAGAGAAUGAAAUUGCAUUUGGAAAUCGUUUUAUCGUACCCCAGUCCUUCCUGCUUCAGCUACAGCGGUAAUUCUAGGCAAAAUAAAACCCAGAGGUUCAAAGAGAAUGCCUGCUGCAUCUCUGCAUGUGCAGUGAAUGAUGCACACACUUUGCAAUCAGCAUGGCCAGUCUCUGCAUAAGAUGUUGGUUCAGGGUUGGUUUCCAGCCAUACAGGGAGUCUGCCCAGAUCAGAAACUCGGGCAGAGAGACAGGGAGACUCCUUUGCAUAUAGUUAAGUCUUCCUCUUACACAACAAAACCGAACCUUUCCGGGCAUUAAGAGGGAAGAUGGUGUGCCUCACAAAUCUGGAAACCAGUUACUUGGAGGAUUCACAGAUAGGGUCUUCCCCAGGUCCCGAGGCAAGGUCUCCCUGCCCCGAUGUACAAUCACCACGGCCAAACACAGCCUCCUGCCAGUCAUUUUAAUUGGGGUCAUCUGAUACGCUUCUACUGGCUUUGGCAAUUCUGCACAGGUCAGGGAUGAUUGGUUU